AUGCUCUCCAACCGACGUUCCAUGCUCAAUGUUCCCACAGCACCCAUCACCAAACCCAGCCGCCCGAGGUCGGCCUAUGCUCCAGGCGCCUUGCCUCCAUUGACCGGAUUGGACGACCCUACGACCGAGCCUCACUGCAGGACUCCUUCAGUUCCCACAUCCACGACACCAUACUUGCCUGGCUAUCGCACAGUGAAGCUGAUCGGCACGGUGUACGGCAUGGCGACGUGUGCCCGGAAGGACUCCAAGUCGUUCUUGAAGUCGGUCGGUAACGCGCAGGAGGCUAAGGGCUUGACGCACAUGCUCUAUAACGCCCGAGAUCAGGCGACGGAGCGCAUGGUCAUGGACUGCAUCACACGGGGCGGUAAUGCCAUCAUCGGUAUGGGGUUCGGAGAGAGUGAGAUCCUGGGCUUUGCGCAGAUCUCGGUAUCUGGGACCGCUGUGUAUGUCGAGCGCGACCAGCCCUCAGGCACAUUCGAGGCGCAAUAA